AUGUCGUCCUUCUUUCGUCUGUCUGCUGCUAUUCCAGCUAGGCAGGCAUUGGCUGGUUCUGUUCACUCCAAAUCUCUCAUCAGGUUUUCUUCCACCACUGGUUAUGGAAAGACAUUCGAUAAGAUCUUGAUUGCUAAUCGUGGCGAGAUCGCAUGCAGAGUGAUUCGUACAGCCAAGAAAAUGGGCAUCAAAACUGUAGCAAUUUAUUCUGAUGCCGAUAUCAACUCUCUUCACGUUCGUUUGGCUGACGAGGCAAUCAACGUAGGCCCUCCUGCUACCAGCAAAAGCUAUUUGAAUAUUCCAAACAUCAUUGGUGCUAUCAAACAGACUGGUGCACAGGCUGUUCAUCCUGGUUAUGGGUUUUUGUCGGAAAACAGCCAGUUUGUGCAUGCACUGGAUGAGAUUGGUGCUGUGUUCAUUGGUCCCAAUGAACGUGCCAUGGCUGCAAUGGGUGACAAGAUUCAGAGUAAAAUAAUUGCCAAGGAAGCCAAGGUUACUACUAUUCCUGGAUUCAAUGGUGUCGUGGAAAAUGUCGAUCAUGCCGUCAAAAUUGCAAAUGAGAUUGGCUAUCCUGUCAUGAUCAAGGCAUCUGCUGGCGGUGGUGGAAAGGGCAUGCGUAUUGCAUGGAAUGACAAGGAAGCUCGUGAAGCAUUCAAGAUUUCUUCUUCCGAGGCACUCUCCAGUUUUGGUGACAGUCGUCUUCUCGUAGAAAAGUUUAUUGAAGAUCCACGCCACAUUGAAAUUCAAUUGAUUGGUGAUCAGCACGGAAAUACCAUUUAUCUUCCAGAGCGUGAAUGUUCCAUUCAACGUCGUAAUCAAAAGGUGAUUGAAGAAGCUCCUAGCGUCCAUAUCGAUAUUGCUACUCGCAAGGCAAUGGGUGAACAGGCGGUCGCUCUUGCCAAAAAUGUUGGUUACUAUUCGGCUGGUACUUGUGAAUUUCUUGUUGAUCCCAAACGCAACUUUUACUUUUUAGAGAUGAACACUCGUCUUCAAGUCGAGCAUCCAAUCACAGAGUACAUUACUGGACUUGAUCUUGUUGAACAAAUGAUUCGUGUUGCUGCCAAACAAAAGCUUGGUUUUACGCAAUCUGAUAUCAAAAUCAAUGGUUGGGCCUUUGAGUCGCGUGUGUAUGCUGAAGAUCCUGAAAAAUACCUUCCUUCUAUUGGUCGUCUCAACAGAUACAUUGAGCCAGCAAUUCCGGCUUCAGGAAGUGUCCGCUGUGAUUCGGGUAUUGUUGAGGGAUCUGAAAUUUCAAUUUAUUAUGAUCCACUUAUUUGCAAGCUCUGCACACACGGCCCCACUCGUGAAGCUGCCAUGAAAGAGAUGCAGCAUGCACUUGACACGUACGUUAUCAAGGGUGUCACGCACAACAUUCCACUUCUCCGUGAUGUCAUUAGCCAUCCCCGUUUUCAAUCUGGAAAAAUAUCAACUGGGUUUCUUGCUGAAGAAUACCCUACUGGAUUCAAGGGUCAUAAACUGACCCCCCAGAGCCAUCGCGAACUACUGUCUGUUGCUGGAUAUAUCUUUGCUCGUCGCGACCUUCGCAACCGUAGCUGGAUAGAUGGCGGUGGUUCAGUUUCCCAGGGGGCAAACAAAAAGUCCGAAUGGGAUCUUCACAUUAGUACUGGAAACGGUCAUUACGAAAAUGUCACUGUGGUUAAACAGGGCGAUACAUUUGUGAUCACUGCCAAGGGUGAAUCUGUUACAGUUUCUGCAAACUGGGCACUGGAAUCUCCACUGAUCAAUGCCAAGCUUGUUCAUGAUGGUGCUGAUUCGUCUGUUGUUGUUCAAUACCUUGAAAGCCUUCCACUCGGUUUCCGAUUGCAACAUUACGGCUCCAAAUUUGAUAUUCAAGUUCGCACAAAAACACAGCAGGAUCUAUCUAUUCAUAUGAAAGAGCGUGAGAAGCUUGAUCUCACUCGCAUGAUCUUAUCUCCAAUGCCUGGCUCGGUUGUCAGUAUAUCGGUCAAGGUCGACGAUGUGGUGUCUGAAGGAUCUGAGCUGGCUGUUGUUGAAGCCAUGAAAAUGCAAAACGUCAUUCGCGCACCUAGAGCUGGCAAAAUCAAAAAGGUGAAUGUGCAAGCAGGUGCAAGCGUUGCUGGCGAUGAGAUCAUGAUCGAGUUUUAUGAAGACCAAGUCAAGAAAUAGUAAUAAAACUGCUAUUCACC